AUUCCAUUCCAUUCUUUUUUCUCUGUCAAACUUGUCCUUGUUUUCUCAAAUCUUGAUAUAUAAUUGCUGAAUACCCGCUUUAUCCAUCAUCAUGGAGAAGACCACUGGCAAGAGCAACGUUCGAUAUGAAGAGGAAUAUAUAUUGAAUUCAAGAGGAAUGAAACUUUUCACAUGCAGAUGGUUGCCUGUGCAUUCCGAACCAAAAGCUUUAAUCCUCUUGUGCCACGGAUAUGCCAUGGAAAGCACCAUAUCAAUGAAAGGGUGUGGAACUAGGCUAGCAAAGGCUGGUUAUGGAGUUUAUGGAAUGGACUAUGAAGGCCAUGGAAAGUCAUCUGGGCUUCCUGGUUAUAUUCCUAACUUUGAGGAUCUUGUUAAUGACUGUUCUGAUCACUUUACCAGCAUUUGUGAAAGGAAAGGAAAUAUGAAAAAGAUGAGGAUUUUAAUGGGAGAAUCGAUGGGAGGGGCAGUUCUACUCCUUUUACACAGGAAGAAGCCAAAUUAUUGGGAUGGAGCCGUCCUCGUUGCGCCAAUGUGUAAGAUUGCUGACAAUAUACGACCACAUCCAGUGGUUGUGAAUGUUUUGAGCAAGCUUUCUUGCGUCAUUCCAACAUGGAAAAUUAUUCCAACUCCAGAUAUCAUUGACAUCGCCUUUAGGGUUCCAGAUAUAAGGGACGAGAUUAGAUCAAACCCAUAUUGUUACAAGGGAAAACCUCGUCUACUCACUGGCAACCAACUCUUAAGAGUCAGCUUGGAUUUAGAGACGAGACUUAAAGAGGUUUCACUUCCAUUCUUGCUUGUUCAUGGAGGAGACGAUAAAGUCACAGACCCGUCUGUUAGCAAACUUCUGUACGAAUCAGCUUCAAGCACAGAUAAGACCUUCAAGUUGUAUCCAGGAAUGUGGCAUUCUCUGACCUACGGGGAGUUGCCUGAGAAUAUUGAAAUAGUGUUCUCAGAUGUCGUUAAUUGGCUUGACGAUAGAAUUGCUAUUGGGAAUUCGAGACUGGAAAUAGAGCAAAAGCACGGUAAUGACAUUUUGCUCAAAAAUUGAGCUUGUUCAACUUCGAACAAUCUCCACAAGACUUUCUUGCUCAGGGACGAGACGAAGUCUUAAAACAUCUCGUCUAAGGACGGACAAUUGUUUUCGACCAUGUAAUGUGUAGCAUUUCAUCUUGUAAAAGCUAAAAAAAGUUGUUUUUAAAUUGGUAUAAUUCUUGAAACUUCUAAUUGUAAUAAAAUAUGUUCUCAUUCAUCACAA